UAUAAAAUAUAUUUUAAUAUGAAUUAGUAACAGUUUAAACACAAAAACAUUCAUAUGAAAACAAAGAUGCUAAAGAGCCAUCAACUGUUUUAUCGAAAUUUAUUUUUAUAACACGACAGGCUUUGAAAAAGUAGUGAAUCUAAUGAAUGGCUAGCUUUAAUUUUAAAAAUUUGUUACAUUUCUACACGAAAACACGUUCCUUUACGCAUCAAUACAAUAUAGCAAGUUUUUUAGAAAGAAAAUUGUAAUGAAAACGGAAAAAAUAUUAUUUUUAUAGGAAAAAACUGACUGAAUGUGUAAUAAAAGUGCAUUCAAUUGUAGUAAUAGCCUGAAACAUUAUUUAGUUGCGAUCCAAUAAAAUAAUUUACUUUCGUUUUAAUUCUUAUAGGUAACCAAACGUUUCUGUCAAAAAUGACUUCUAAUCCAGUUGUCGAAUGACGUCAUUUUAUGUAAAAAAUUGUAAAUUCUAAUAAGUUAUCCUAUUGAUUAUAAAAUAAAUAUAAUAAUUCAUAAUUGUAACCAUGGCUGAUCCUAAAUAUGAAAAUCUUCCAGGCAUAGCUUAUGACCAACCUGAUGUUUAUGAGACCGGUGAUUUACCGGAGGCGGACCAGCCUGACCCUACAGAGGAGGAAGAGAAUGAAUCUAUUGAGCAAUUGCAUUUAUCUGUGAAAGAUUCUUUCAACAAAUUUAAAGGGAGAUUUUUAACUGGUGCUGUUGACUUUUCCGAUAGACUGAGCCGAAAAUCUCGAAUUGGAUACAGGGCUGGGGAAUGGGAACUGGCAGCUGAAGGAGAACCAGAAACGAUCCUGGAGCGGUACAAUAGGCUCCGUUGUGAGUUCUCAGAGUUACUUGAACAAGUGGCAGAGCAACAGAACAAAGCUACUGAGAGUGAAAAGGAUGAGUACACGAAGCUAGCUGUUCAAAUCAACUCAACAAAGAAAUUACUAGAGGAGUUAAAAUUGGAAGAGGGAGAACAAAUUGAUCCUAAAGCUGAGAAGUUAAAGGAAUAUUUAUCAAGUUCUAAUAAGAAGACGAAGCAGGGAGAGGUGGUGACUGCUCACCUGAAGCUAAAACCUGAAGUCAACCUGGCAUACACCACUCGGAUAGCACAGCUUGAACAUAGGCUACACAAGUUGGAGCAGGCAGCGGGAGUCAGAGACGAGGAAGCGUUCAGGAGACUGCAGGCAGCUACAGGACAGGCGACGUUAUGCGGUGCAGCGGCGUCGCUGGCAGCUCAGACGUCGCUGCUGCGGCCGGCCGAGCUGGCGGCCGCGGAGGCGCGCGUCACGUCGCUACUCACCAACGUGGAUGCUUUGAAGGCAGCUGUCAAACCCGCGGACCCUGAACUGGAUGCUAAGGUGAACGAGCUGUACAAACUGCUGAAGCAGAUAGAUGGUAUAUCACAUUCCGAGAUUUUGGAGCGCAUGGAGGCACUGGAAGCCUUGCACAAUCAGGCAAGUAACUUCGGUAAAUCCUUGACGGAGUUGGAAACCCUACAAACUACGAUAGCCAGUGGGGUGCAAAACAACAAAGAGUUACUACAGGGUGUUCAAGAAGUAUUCGCGCACAACGUGGACAGUGUCAACAAGGAGAUUAAGAAGUUAGACGAAAAGAUCUCGAAGCUGGCCGCGGCGUGAUGAGGGAGUCUCGUGUUGAUACUAAAUCGAGAAGCUUGUCGAUGAAAUUAGUCGAUUCUAGUGGUGCACCUCUAUUCUUUCAUUCUUAUCGAUUUAUUUGAAUCGAUUGCUGAAUGUACUUAAAUUAAUUUUUUCUUUAUUUUAAAAGAUUUAUUCCAUGAAAAUGUUUUUUUUCCUUUUCAGCUAAUUGAAUAGUGUAAAAAUCUGUUUUCUUUAUCUUUUGUGCAAUUUUCCGCAUUAAUUUUGUCGACAAACUUAUCGAUUUGAAACAACACUCGGUUUAAUGAAUGCUCUCGAAUGAUUACAAUGUUAUAAAACAAUUGUUUGAGAAUUACUUUAUCACCAUUUUGUAUGAUUUGCUCAUAAAUACGUGCUAUACAAUUGUUACCGCUACUUCUUGUAAAUAACGCGAAGCAACUAACUCUCUAUUUUAAAAAUCUGGUAUUUUAAUCACCAACUACGAACAAACCAAUAAAUUGUUUAAAAAUCAACUUAAAGAUCAUUAUGGUAGAGCUGCAAUUCUAAUGUUGGCUGUACGGAAGAUGUAAUUUGCAGUGUGCAAUAUGAAUGAUUGCGUUUAUGAAAAUAGUAUUAUUGUUAGUCUAAUUCUGAGUCAUCCAAACCUCUUUGCAAUGAAAGAACUAUCCCCAGUUUUGGGAAUAUAGCUUGUAUCCCAAUUAAGGUUAAAUACCUACAUUUUUAUUUUUAUAUUCCACCAGAUUUAUGACAUUAUAUUUAUUUCUAAAUAGUCAAGUCUUUAAUUCCUACUGACGUUCGUAGGAAUUUCAACUUAAUUUCGUUCACCAGUGCGUUUAUUUUGCGGUUACAUACAUAAAAACGUACGGCAUUUUAUACUAUGUAUUAUUGUUUCAAUUAUUAAAAGGUUCACUAAUUAAUUAACUCUUGUACGUUAUCUAUAAGAAUAGACUGCUUAAGAGAAUAUAAUUUAUUUAAAUAAAUCGAUUAUGUAGCUA